AUGCCCAGAAUGAGGAAGAACGAGUGGGAAGCCAGAAUGAAUGGCGAGGUGGCUGUCAGCGCUGGACGCGACACAUUGAACCACAGCCAGCUGGAAGGCCUGAUCGACGUCCCUGUCAGCUCCUCGACCGGUACUCAUCUACCCGUUGUUCAGUCACAUCUGGGGGUUGUGCCGGCCCAGCCUGAACACAUGUCGUCUUCCAUGGCCCCGGACAGUUAUCUAUCUGACCGGAGAGCCUCGCCCGUCGGCGAUGCUGUGGGCUCUCUAUGUGCCUGGUCCAGCGCAUCGGAUGCCGACAUGCUGGGACUCGGUGUGUCAUCUAUGGAUCCCGCCGUGUCGAGGUCACCCUUCAUGGAGCCGUAUUACAACUAUGGGGCUUCUCAGCCCGUGACCAACUCACAGUUUCAAGGCAUCUCGCGACACACCUCGGAGGAAAUCAACAGAUGGUGCAUGGAGAGUGAUCCAGCCUCGAGCUUCUACCAGUCGAGUGCACCCUACCCGGCCAUGAACUCGCUGGCAUUCCCUUCUCCGGAGAUCCCAUCGAACGUGUAUCCGCUUCUGGGUGAGCACAUGAGCACUGAUGCCGAACAGUGGUUUACUCCACCCCUAUGUCCCGGUCCUUCUGCCAUCACACGCCCAACUUCAGAGAGAUUCCUCUCUCCAACCUCUGCACCAGCGGCCUCCAUCGACUCCUCCUCCGUAAUGAGCACGUCGCCAGCCCCCACUCUAUCUGACUUUGAAUCACCAUCGUCUCGCCACCGACCGGCUUCGCCUCCUUCGAAUCCCGCCGAUCUCACGAGAUACGGAAUUCCGGCCGGAGACGGUGUUUGGCGCUGUGGGUACCCGACAUGUACCUCGCAGGCCCUUUUCCGUCGAGGCUGUGAUCUGAGAAAGCAUUUCAACCGGCACCGAAAGCAUCUCUUCUGUCGGCAUGAAGGCUGCCCGCAGUCGAGGCAGGGCGGCUUCUCCAGCAAGAAGGAUCGUACCCGCCACGAGGCAAAGCACAACCCUGGCAUCGUCUGCGAGUGGGAUGGUUGUGAGCGGGUGUUCAGUCGGGUCGACAAUAUGAAGGAUCAUGUGCGGCGGAUUCAUCGCCGAGGUGACAGUUGA